AUGGCCGAUAUAGGGGGCCAGCAAGGCCGGAACUACCGGCCUCACGGCCAUCCUUCGUCUGUACAGCGUGAUGCUGCAUUCUCAGAAAUUUUCGGCGGAGCACGGCAGCCUGGACGCUCGCAGACCAUGACAUCCCAAACGGCCCAGUUCUCCCAAGACCGGGCUCACACCAUGUCAUCACAGGUUCCGCGCCCACAAAUGCAAAGAGGCCCUCCGCCACCGCAGCGCCAGAUGCAGAAUGGAUACCCACCAAGCCAGCCGAACGGGUACUACCAGGCAUAUCGUGGCUCAGCAACGAUGACUUCGCAGUCUUCUCAAGGCCCGCCUCGACCUUACCCCGGGCGCUAUGCUUAUCCUCAACCGCAGCGGCUGGACUCAAGACCUGCUCCGGGGCCUCCAUACCAAGACCCCAAGGGGUACAACCGAGCGCUUCCCCACCCCGCCUUGAAUUCGGACACCUACAGGUCAAGAUCAAUGGCUAGACUGGGAGGGCCGCCGAUCAAUCAACCCCAACCGAAUAGCUUUAACCAUACUUCAGCCAUCGCGUCUCGCAAUCAGCCAUAUAAUCCAGCGACUCCAAUGACACCCCAAGGGCGUCCGGUGCCUGAAAGGCAUGGGAACGAACGCGCCAUGUCCCUAACUUCGUACUCCGUGGAUCGCCAACCAAAUCGUACGACAGAAUACGGACGACCAAUUCCAAACAGGCGACAACCGUCUGUGCCUUUUCAACCACCAGUUGCCCAGCAGGAUGACUUCACCGAUUACAUGAAUGGAAAGACUCGCCCCCCGAGUGACGGAUCAACGCCGUCUUCCCGGACCUUUUCCAUGGCGUCUACUGUUGCGCCCGAUCGGACAAUGAGCAUGCAGAGCACUCUUACGCACAGGCCCAGCGCGCAGACAACCACAACUCUCGUGUCGAACAACUCGCGCCGCAGCAAAAUGCUCGCUGUGAAUCCGGCCCUUCUAUCGCGAGUUGCCGAUGCGUUCCGUGAACAUAUUGCACUUGGUGAGAAACAAAAGAACGGCCUUUCGUAUCAGAACGCAUUUUCUGGCGCAGACGCGGUGGAUGCUAUUGGUGGGAUCAUUAAGACAACUGAUCGAAACCUUUCUCUCCUCCUUGGGCGAGCUCUAGAUGCGCAAAAGCUCUUCCACGAUGUCACAUAUGAUCACCGACUUCGCGACGCCCCCGGGGAACUCUAUCAAUUUAAGGAGACAUUAGGAGAGGAAGCGCCCAGCUCCGAGGUCAAUGGCGUUUUCACCCUUCUAACCGAAUGCUAUUCUCCAACCUGUAACCGCGACAGCCUGUGCUAUUCGAUCGCUUGCCCAAGGCGACUCGAGCAACAAGCCAGGCUGAACAUGAACCCGCUCCCGGUGCUCCGAGCUUCCGCGUCGAAAAGCAGUCUUCACGGUGAUGAUGAUGGCGAUGAUAAUCAGAAGCUAUGGAUCAACAUGGUGCCCAAGGAAGUGUCGGACAAUGUCGAUGACAAGGAAAAGAAACGUCAAGAAAUCAUUUUUGAGAUCAUGUACACAGAGCGAGACUUCGUCAAGGAUCUGGAAUAUCUACGGGACUUCUGGAUGAGACCAUUACGCUCUGCCAACAAUUCCCCCAUCCCCGAACACCGACGGGAGAAGUUCAUCCGUACCGUGUUCGGCAACUGUCUGGAUGUUCUGAAAGUCAAUAGCGCGCUCUCGGAAGCUCUCAACGCAAGGCAAAAGGAAAGUCACGUUGUGAAGAGCGUUGGCGACAUUUUCUUACAACAUGUGCCCCGUUUCGAUCCGUUUAUCAAAUAUGGCGCGAACCAAUUGUACGGCAGAUGGGAGUUUGAAAGGGAGAAAUCGUCCAACCCAGCAUUUGCAAAGUUCGUGGAUGAUACCGAACGGUUGAAGGAAUCUAGAAAACUAGAGUUGAACGGUUAUCUCACUAAACCAACCACUCGUUUAGCAAGAUAUCCUCUUUUACUGGAACAAGUGGGCAAGAACACUGCAGAAGGGAGCUCGGAUAAAGAAGACAUCCCAAACGCUAUCAAAAUCAUCAAAGAUUUCUUGUCCCGUGUCAAUGCUGAGAGUGGAAGGGCAGAGAACCACUUCAACUUGGUGAAUCUGAACUCUUCGUUGAAGUUCGGCCCCGGUGAUUACGUUGAUCUGAAGCUCACAGAAGAAAACCGACAGAUGUUGACGAAGAUGGCAUUUAAGAAAACGCCUACUGAUACCUCCGAGGUCACAGUAUACCUCUUCGAUCAUGCUGUCCUUCUGGUAAGAAUCAAGGUUGUGAACAAACGAGAAGAACACCGUGUCUACAGGAAGCCCAUUCCUCUAGAACUCUUGGUCAUUCCUCAAAUGGACGAAGUCAUCCCAAAGCCCGGCAUCGCGAAAAGACCAUCGUCGGGUCUGCUUGCAAACAGAGCAGCUGUGAACCCACCGGCCGCAAAGGAUACUCUGCCGAUAACAUUCCGGCAUCUUGGUAAAGGUGGAUAUGAGCAGACGCUGUAUGCCACGUCGUCUCAACAGCGAAAAAAGUUCCUGGAGAUUGUGGAUGAGCAGCAAACGAAGCUCCGAGAGCGCAAUAGUAACUUCUACAACAAAAACAUUAUAUGUGAGAAGUUCUUCAAUGCGGUUAACAGGGUGAACUGCCUUGUCCCAAUUGACGGCGGUCGAAAACUUGUGUACGGCACAGACAGCGGCAUCUAUGUGUCGGACCGAAACCCAAGAGACAAGUCUGCGAGACCAAGGAAGGUGCUGGAUGUCAGUCAAGUCACCCAAAUUGAUACGCUGGAGGAGUAUCAGCUGCUCUUGGUUUUGGCAAACAAGACUCUGUACUCUUAUCCCAUGGAUGCUCUCGAGGUGGCUGAAGGGCAAAACUCAGUGGCCAAAAGGCCCAAGAAGAUUCAAGGUCAUGCGAACUUUUUCAAAUCCGGAAUCGGUCUUGGACGCCACCUAGUGUGUUCUGUCAAGACCUCUGCUCUCUCAACCACCAUCAAAGUCUACGAGCCUAUGGACAACCUAGCCAAGGGGAAAAAGAAGUCUACCGUCAGCAAGAUGUUCCAGAGUGGGCAAGACACUUUAAAACCUUUCAAGGAAUUUUAUAUUCCGGCAGAGUCAUCGUCUAUCCACUACCUACGGUCAACGCUUUGCGUGGGGUGUGCGCGUGGUUUCGAAGUUGUCAGUCUGGAAACAACAGAGACGCAAUCCCUUCUGGACCAAGCAGACACCUCUUUGGACUUUGUUGCGCGCAAAGAGAACGUGAAGCCCAUUCAUAUUGAACGAAUGAACGGGGAGUUCCUUCUCAACUAUAGUGACUUUUCAUUUUUCGUCAACCGCAAUGGUUGGCGCGCAAGAGCGGAUUGGAAGAUCUCCUGGGAGGGAACUCCCAAUUCAUUCGCACUCUCGCUACCCUACAUAUUGGCUUUUGAACCGAACUUCAUCGAAUUCAGACAUAUCGACACGAGCGAGCUAAUCCAUAUCAUGACUGGAAAGAAUAUUCGCAUGCUACAUUCUUCCACACGAGAGAUUCUUUACGCAUAUGAAGAUGAUACGGGCGAAGAUGUUGUGGCUAGCUUGGAUUUCUGGAAGCACAAGCCGCUGUCAUAG